ACUUGACGAGACGUGUGACUAAACGUGCAAGUUAGAGGAGCAUCGCUGGCAAAACGGUCGCUGGCGAAACAAGGCGAAACGGUGACGACAUCCAGCAAGUGCAUCUCCUUUUUAAUAUUUUCAGCAAGCACCCCUAUCCGUGUGCCGGUGAAGACAGUAUUGAGCCAACUGUGUGUCAGAGUGGCGAUCACCCCGAGUCUCCGGUGUCGUCGCUGAUCGCCGAUGUCGCCUCUCCGUCUCUGUCUGACGGUGUGGUCAGUGUUGACGGCGUGGUCAGUUCUGACGACCCUGGCCGGGCCCGGGGUCGGAGCACAGGCCGUCGCUGAUGUCCAGGUGGACGCUGGUCAACCUGUUGGCCCCCUACCCCACUUCUGGACGUCCACUGGCUUCUGCCCUGGAAUGCCACAUCAGGACCCAAUAAAGCUGACCGGUCGUGACGUCAUCACGAGCCUGUCGCUGAUUGGUGGCCUGCCGUGGAGGGGUUUACAGCAGGUGCGGGUCCACUGGCUACUGGACCUCGUGAAACCAGGUGCUGGAAGCCAGACAUAUAACUUCACUCAUCUGGACACGUUUCUGGACGCCCUGGUGUCAAAUGGACUGAGGCCAGGGUUCGAGCUAAUGGGCAACCCAGGCGGACAGUUCACCGACUUCCUCAGCGAAGACCAGCAGCGGAGAUGGACCCAGCUCGUUCGCGCUAUGGCCGAGCGUUAUGCAGGGCGCUACGGCAUAGACGAGGUCCGACAAUGGAACUUCGAAACUUGGAACGAGCCCGACCAUCACGAUUUCGACACGCUCAACAUUACCGUGCCAGGGUACCUGAACUAUUUCUGGGCGAGCCGGCGCGGACUGCGCGCUGCCGACGGCCGGCUGAGGCUGGGCGGACCGGGCGGCUCGUGCCGACCUCCCCACUUCAGCACCCUGUGCUGGGCGCUGCUGAGGCACGCCGCCCCACAGCUCGACUUCCUCUCGUUUCACCGGAAAGGCGAGCAGGAGGUGCGCUCCAUCCUCUCUGCCGAGGUGCAGACGCUGCGAGAGCUGCGAGCCAGGUUCCCCGAGGUGCAACAGCUGCCCGUGUUUAACGACGAGGCCGACCCGGAGAAGGGCUGGUGGCGGGCCCGGCCGUGGCGAGCCGACGUCACCUACGCGGCUAUGAUAGCGUCCAACAUCAUCAGACACCAGCAGUGGCGCACCGCCACCGGCAACAAGUACAACUACAGCCUGCUGAGCAACGACAACGCCUUCCUCAACUACCACCCUCACUACUUCCAGCAGAGGACUCUGUUCGCCAGGUUUCAGAUGAACCGGACAUCAGACAGACACCCAGAGUAUGUCCUGAAGCCGAGCUUCUCAGUUAUGGCACUGCUGGCCCAACUGGGCUCUCGGCAGCUGUGGUUCGCCGCCAAACACAUGCCCAGAUCACUGACGGUCCUGCUCACCCGGGGAGACUCAGCCGAGGAGCCAGGGGCAGACACCACGGUCCAUGUGCACAUCAAUAACUUCACCAUGCCGACAGAUCAGCAGUGGUACUACACCGUAUACACCAUGGACAACCGCUUGACCAGCCCGUAUCACAUAUGGGUGCGGCAGGGCAGCCCCGUGUUCCCCAACAGGACACAGAUGGAGGAGAUGAGACAGGCACAGGGCGCUCGUCGCAUGGGUCCACCAUUGCCGCUCCUCUCCGGCCGCCUGUCUGUGAAGCUGCGCCUGCCACUGCCGUCUGUCACUCUGGUACACGUCUGUGGCACCGGCGACCAACCGGGACCCGUCACUGGACUGAGGGUGCAGCCAGUCACACGCGGAGAGGUGCUGAUCGUCUGGGAUGACCGACUGGUCGACACCAGGUGCAUUCUAACGUACGAGGUGUUCUUCCGAGCCGAGAACGAGUCUAACGAGAAGUUUCGUCGAAUCAACCCAUUGGAUACGAUUUUCAACUUAUUCCAAUGGUCCCCAGAUACGCCAGCAGAGGGUCCUGAGCCGACACGAGGCCAGUACAAAGCACGAGCGGUAGACUACGCCGGCGCCACCGGUCCCUUCUCACCGACAGUUGUCUACUGAACGGAGGAGGACCUGCGACGCCCACGA